AUCAGGUUUUUAUCUACAUAUUAAUAACUGGAGCAGUUUAAGCUCUGGGUUGUUUGAACAAGAGGAGGUUAUGGCAGGCCGUCAGAACAUUAAAUCAGUGUUACUUGAAGAUAUGUGAAAGUGUUUGGACUCAACCACAUUCUGAUUAUCCUGAAUAAUUUCAGAUUUCUGCGUUUACAUUCUGAUUAGGACAUAUUAAAUAAACAACAUAUUACAUGCAUGAUUAAAAUUUCUGAAAUAAUGUUUCUCAUCACUACGUCUUGUCAGAAUUAAAUUUUUAGAUAUCUGAAUAAAAACUCCAUGUAAACAAACAGGAACGUCAUGAACGUGAAAACUGCUGUGGAAAUCUACAGAAAAGUUACUUUUUAUUCUUUACAGGACAAACAUUGCACUUAAAAACGGUUUUGAAAAGAAACACUUACUGCUGUCACUAACAAGCUCAAAAUGAAACAUUUUUUAAAUUAAAAUUUUCAAUGCUACAUAAAUCUGUGACGUUUUGGCCGAAUAAUUGUUCCACGUAUCUGUGACGUCAUUCUGACGAGUCAGAAUAUUAAUCCAAGAUAUCUGAACUAGAAAUCUACAUUCUAGAUUAAAAAACGUUCCAGAUAUUACAAGUGAAUUUGCACCAAUUGGAUUUACUUUAGACAUCAUUUAAUUGCUGAUAUUCAAAAUAAACGUUUCAGAUGGUCAGUACUGCAAAAAUCUUGAAUUGACAAUUAGUGCCAAUCUGACGUAAUUUCUUCCUAAAUUAAUUAUACAUUUCUUAAUUUGAUCAAUUUCUUAUUCUUGAUUAAUCUAGUCAAAUUAUUUUCAGACGUCUGCACUGGCCAUGUGGUGAAGCAGAUUUUAUGUUAAAACGGCCUGCCAUAGCCCCACGUGACUCAGCCCCGCGCCGUAACUCCAGCUCUGACGUCGCUUCUGGAAGCGGGACUUUUCCUGCUCUUAUUUUGAAGUGAAGAGCGGAAGUUGGGUGUGUUUUUGUCGGAGCGGGAGCGGCGGGACACGAGCCGCUGAGAGAGGGGCGCGAGACGCAAACACCAACAGGUAAACAACAACAGCAGCAGCCAAUCAGAGCCGCCGGGCGCACCCGGGCCCCGCCCACUCAGGAUGGACAGAGGAAGUCCCGCCUCCGACUCACUUCCUGUUCCCACUGACCCGGUCCGGAUGGGUCCAGACUCUCAGAACCAGGAGGCGGUGCGGAGCGGACCCGGCUGCCUGUCCGGGUCACCAGAACCUCCUUCAAACCCACAAUCAACCGGACCAGAGCAGACGGAACCAGGAGGUUCUGGUCCGGUUGAUUGUGGGCCAGAACCAGCACCAGAAACAAGUUCCCACCCAGUUCUCCAGAACCCAGAAGAUCAGGCUGAGGAGGAACCCGGUUCUGAUCCGUCUGAGGUUCUGACUGCCGGACCAGAGGAACCUGGAGUCCAUCAGAACCCUGGUGAGGUUCUGCCGGCAGAGGAAGGCGGUUCUGCUGCGUCCUGUUUGGGUCGACCCGGCCGUGCGGAGUGUCUGGACCUCCAGAACCGUCAGACCCCGCCCCCCAGCGGCCAGGUGUGGCCCCGCCCCCCCGGCGCCGCAGGUGAGCCCAGGCUGUGCGGCUUCCUGCAGAAGCAGGCGGGGCCCCUGAGGGCCUGGAGGCGGCGCUGGUUCAGCUACGAACAGAACCAGAACCAGCUGUUCUACUUCCGCUCACCGCAGGACGUGGCGCCGCUGGGCCAGAUACGACUCAGCGGCGCCACCUUCACCUGUCCGCUGAACGCCGAGAGCGGCACCUUCCACAUCCAGACGCCCGAACGCACCUUCAUCCUCAAGGCGGUGAGUCAGGAGCUGAUGCUCUACUGGCUGCAGCAGCUGCAGGCGAAGCGCUGGCAGCACCGUGACACGUCUACUGGACCGGACCGGGCCAACACCAACAACAACAACCUGACAGACGACUUCCUGCCGAGGCAGCAUGGUCCUGUGGGCCUGGUGGGGGAGGCGGCGGCCAUCGCUCCGGCCCAGCGCUCGAUGCUCGCCAGCAUCUCCAUCAAACACCCGCUCAUCCAGUUCCAGAACUCGGUCCACAGUCUGAGGAAGAGAACAUCUCAGGACUCCAGUCAGAGCUCAGUGUUCUACGUCGAUGUUCUGCCCUGGACCGGAACCGGGCUGGAGGAAGGCGGUGCCCCCGCAGAUGGCCCCGCGGCCGACCCCGCAGGUCAGAGGUCGGCGUCUCCGUCCCGCAGCUGGAGGUCCAAGUCCCGGGUCUCGUCCUCCGUGUCGGACCCCUGUGGGGACGCGGCGUCCUCGGAGCGGACGUCCCGCCUGCAGCAGGAGAAGCAGAUGCUGAUGGAGGAGGUCAAGGCUCAGAAGGAGCUGGUCUGGAUCCUCCAUAAGGCGCUGGAGGCGUCGCAGCUGGAGAAGCGCAGCUGCAGCGAGUUCCUGGCGGCGCAGGACGAGCGGCGGCGCCUGGAGCUGCUGCGGCACGGCGAGCGGCUGGCGGCGGACCUGAGGGCCCGGCUGGACGGCGCCAAGAUGGAGGCCGAGGCGCUGAGGCGUCGCCUGGACGACAGAGACGCUCAGCUGGCCGAGCUGCAGGAAGAGGUCAGGCUGCUGGAGGAGAAGAACGCAGCCAAGCAGCAGGUGAUCAUGAGGCUGACUGAUCAGCUGACCUCCUCCCUGUCGGACCCUCGGCACCCGGACUCCUCUGGGCCCGUCCAGAACCAGAACCCUCAGAACCACAAGCAGCUCCAGCAGCAGACGGACAAUCUCAAGGACGACUUGGCGGCGUAUCAAACCCAGAACCGGUUCCUGAACUCGGAGAUCUACCAGCUGACCAAACUGUGGAGGAAAAGCUCCGAGCAGGAGAGAAGCCUGAUGGUGAAGUGUGCGUACCUGGAGGCCACCAACUGCAGGAUGGAGAGCCGUUACCUGGGCGUCCUGCGGAGUCUGCAGGAGGCCAAAGCUCUGGCUCCGGAGCAGCAGGAGGCCGUGCAGCGGCUGAUCCAGGACGCCCUGGGAGGCGAGGCGAAGGGCGUCGUGAAGCUGAGCGCGGACAGGGUUCACGACGAGUACGGCUUUAAGAUCGUCCCCGACUACGAGGUGGAGGACAUGAAGCUGCUGGCCAAGAUCCAGGCGCUGGAGAUCCGCGGCCACAGCCUGCUGCAGCAGGACAGCAUGGAGCGCCCCCUGCUGGCCCGCUGGGCGCAGUACCUGUCCGGCCGCUUGGAGGACGACCUGUGUCCGUCUCCGGAGCUCAAGGCUCUGCUACGCUCCGGCGUCCCUCAGCAGUACCGACGGAGAGUGUGGCGCUGGCUGGUCCGGACCAGAACCAGAACCAUCUGGGAGCGCCACCCCCAGCGGUACCAGCAGCUGUGCGAGAAGAGCCAGACGUCGCCGCACCCAGCCUGCAGGCAGAUCCAGCUGGACCUACACAGAACCCUGACCACCAAUCAGAACUUCUCCUCGCCCUCAGGCCCCGCCCUCCAGCAGCUGCGCCGCAUCCUGCUGGCGUUCUCCUGGCAGAACCCGGCGGUCGGCUACUGCCAGGGGCUUAACAGGCUGGCGGCCAUCGCCCUGCUGGUGCUGCAGAGCGAGGAAGACGCCUUCUGGUGCCUGGUGGCGCUGGUGGACGCCAUCAUGCCUCAGGACUACUACACCAAGAACCUGCUGGCCUCUCAGGCCGACCAGCGGGUCCUGAAGGACUUCAUGGCGGAGAAACUCCCCCGGCUGGCGGCGCACCUGGAGGGUCACGGGGUCGACGUGUCGCUGGUCACCUUCAACUGGUUCCUGGUCGUCUUCGUGGAGAGUCUGCCCAGCGACAUCCUGCUGCCGCUGUGGGACGCAUUCCUGUACGAGGGCUCUAAGGUGAUCUUCAGGUACGCUCUGGCUCUGUUCAAGUACAAAGAAGAUGACCUGCUGAAGAUCCACGACAGCGUGGAGAUUUACCAGUACCUGCGCUUCUUCACCAAGACCGUCACCGACAGCAGGAAGUUGGCGGCCAUCGCUUUCUGCGACAUGAACCCGUUCCCGCGGCGCCUGCUGAGGAACCGGCGCGUACUGCACCUGGAGCGCCUGCAGGGGGAGCUGCAGGAGCUGGAGGAGCAGCAGAAGGAGUUUGUGACGGAGCGCGCCGAGCGGAAAGACAAGGAGCUGGACCCGGCCAGCGAAGACGAUGACGAGCUUUAGUGAGAGGGGGCGUCACGGACGGUUACCAUGGUAACCGCUCCCUGGUUGGCUCCCCUGGACUCAGACAUUGUUAUCAAAUCUGUAAAUCAAUGUUCUGCAGGUUCAAAUCCCUGCUUCUUCAUUAAACCAGAACAUUUCUUGUUUUUAUCAGGUCAACAACAGAAGCUAACAGAAGCUAACAGAAGCUAACCCAUAUGUGACAUAACUUCAGGAAUUAUCUAAAACAGAGGUCUCAUUCUCGCGGCCCGCGGACCAAUUGCGGCCCGCAGGACGAUGUCUGGUGGCCCCACCGUGAUAUGACAGUAUAGCAUUAAUGUGGCCCACAGGGUGAGCGGACCUCUGAAGUCCCGGUCCUCGUCAUGGCUGACAUUCGGUGCUAGGCUAAGCUACACCGACUUCAUGCACACUACGCUUGUAACAAUAGAGCGGCGGAUGAUGGACCAGUCCGGUACUUUCUACCAUUAAUGCCACAAUCAAACAGAGAAAGGCGGCUGGUACCGGGCUGCUGCUGCGGGGACCAGUAGAAGCGGUGAUGACGUCACACGUCCAGACGCCCUCCAUGCGUUGCUAGCUGGCUGAAGACGUGUAUGAAACGUAGAACAAGAGCGACGCCAAGUGGAAUAAA